AUGGAGAUCAUCGUCAACGAUGAUAUUUCCACCGAGCUAAGCCCUAUGGAUACUCUCGAAUUACGGACUGAAAAUGCACCCAUCCGGUUCAACGGCACCAGCACCCCAGCAUGGUAUGGCAAAGAUAUUAUGCUCAGCACCACAAAUAGAGAACUACAAUAUGAUGGUGGCAAUUUGCGUGCGACCGAAUCAGUGCAUCUGGAAACGUCCCACUACCCAAUUCGGCUUUAUGACGUCUCCGUUUCAGACUCUAUUCAACUAAAUUCACUCAAUGCACCUAUCUACGCCCAGAACAUUUCGGCAAGAUAUAUUAAUGCAACCGCAACUGGUCAGCAUAAUAGCGCUAUGAUUACUUUGCAAAAUGCCACAGCUCAAAGAAUCCAUGCUCAAACCAACAUCGACGAAAAAGAAGAAAAGGCAGGCUCAAUUACACUUGAAAAUAUUGUUGCACGCGAUACAAUUACGGCAGACACAAACACGAGUCAUUCGUAUGCUCAACUGUUGGGCGGGUCCGAGCAUGUAAAUGCAUCCUUUGAGUCAGUGAAAAGCUCAGUAGAGAUCGUGAUGCCCGCCGAGUUUACUGGUGCAUUUAAAACAAAAUCAAGGAUGUCACGAGCCACAGUCAAAACAAUAGACAGUUUCAAGGACGAAGAAAAUGACGAAAAUGACGAUGAUCUUAUUUUUGAAGUGAACAAGUACGAUGAGAAAGUCGGGUUCAAAAAAAACAAAGAUCCAGGCACUGGGAUUGUUUCCGUGGUUUCUAUCCAUUCAGAAGUCAGUCUUGCUUUUGUUGUAGACACAGACGGCUGA